UUCUUCACCCCGCCCCGCUUGCGGUGUCUGCUGAAGCAAGGCUGUCUUCUCACAUUCAAGCGGCGGCGAUCGGGAAUAUUACUAGAAAUGGCCCUGGUGGAACUGGCCCUGCAGGGGCUCGCCAUCUUCGGUUUCAUCCUCUUCGUCGUGCUGUGGCUGAUGCAUUUCAUGUCCAUCAUAUACGUCCGUUUACACCUAAACAAGAAGGUCAGCGAUAAGCAGCCUUACAGCAAGCUAGCAGGAGUCUCUCUUUUAAAGCCCUUGAAAGGGGUAGACCCCAACCUCAUUAACAACCUGGAAACCUUCUUUGAGCUUGACUAUCCAAGGUUUGAGGUGCUCCUUUGUGUUCAAGACCACGAUGACCCUGCCAUUGAUGUCUGUAAAAAGCUGCUGGGCAAAUACCCAAAUGUAGAUGCCAGAUUAUUUAUAGGUGGGAAGAAGGUUGGCAUCAAUCCUAAAAUUAAUAACCUGAUGCCAGGAUAUGAAGUAGCCAAGUAUGAUCUUGUCUGGAUAUGUGACAGUGGAAUCAGAGUGAAACCUGACACGCUGACAGACAUGGCCAAUCAGAUGACUGAGAAAGUAGGGCUGGUUCACGGUCUGCCAUAUGUUGCUGACAGGCAAGGCUUUGCUGCUACGCUGGAACAGGUGUAUUUUGGAACAUCUCACCCACGUUCUUACAUUUCAGCCAACGUCACUGGCUUUAAAUGUGUGACUGGAAUGUCCUGUUUGAUGAGGAAGGAUGUACUGGAUCAAGCAGGAGGCCUCAUUGCAUUUGCGCAAUAUAUUGCAGAAGAUUACUUCAUGGCCAAAGCCAUUGCAGACAGGGGAUGGAAGUUUUCCAUGGCGACUCAAGUUGCAAUGCAGAACUCAGGCUCCUACUCCAUUUCUCAGUUUCAGUCACGGAUGAUCAGGUGGGCCAAACUUCGAAUCAACAUGCUUCCAGCUACAAUCAUCUGCGAGCCGAUCUCUGAGUGUUUUGUAGCCAGCCUCAUCAUUGGGUGGGCAGCACACUAUAUCUUCAAGUGGGACGUCAUGGUCUUCUUCAUGUGUCACUGUCUAGCUUGGUUCAUUUCAGAUUACAUCCAACUGCGUGGAGUUCAGGGUGGGGCCCUGUGCUUCUCUAAGCUGGACUAUGCCGUGGCUUGGUUUAUUCGAGAGUCCAUGACAAUAUACAUCUUUCUGUCAGCGCUGUGGGAUCCGACAAUCAGCUGGAGGACGGGACGGUACAGAUUGCGCUGUGGAGGCACUGCAGAAGAAAUACUUGAUGUGUAACAACUGACAGUAUUGGGACUCAAUGUGAAUAUGAAGAUGAAAAUGGAUGCAAAUGAGGCCUGUAGCCGUACAUCAUGUUAAGAUUACAUGCCAAGUUGUUUGGGAAAUUCAGCCUUUGACAGUUUUUACCUGUACCUUUAAAAGUAUUGAUUAUUUAUGUAUAUGUGGCACUUGCAGUUUAUCUUCAGCAGCUUGCAUAAGCCAGUUAGAAAACAAGUUUUGUCACUGGGGAGGAAGAGAUGGACGUACACAGCAGUCAUGCAAUUAUGAACCCCGGGAAGGUAAAUUAGGAUAAAACUUCUUCUGUUCCAUGAUGCUUUGUGGCUGAGGCCCGUCAUGUGCUUUGUGCUGAUGCUCAGAGGUUUCCUUUCCAUUUAUUACAACGUCUUAUGUAAUUAUAAGCAGUCGAUGGGUGCUACAGCAAAGAGCGGCCUCCACACCGCCAGACGUCGGCAACUAUGCUCCCAAGGACAAUGACGUGCAAGUGUUUGAAAAUCCUUCAGAUGUGUAAGGGAACCUUUGAAAAUCCCACUUUGUUAUCUUCAACUCUAAUGGUCUUUCCCUGGAACUUCAUCCCCUUUUUUUUUCUCUCUCAGUAAAGUUUGCAGAACAUACGUGUUUGGGGAGCUGGGAUGAAAAACAGCCCACCCUUCAGGGAAUGAAAAGCAUUUCUGUGUGUGGCUGACUGUGUCGUCUUUUUUUUUUUUUUUUUUAAUAUAUAUAUAUAAAAUGAACUGUAUAUUUUGGUGUCAUAAACUUUUGUAGAUAGUAGAAAAGAAACAGCAAUAAAUAUGAAUCAACUCAACACAAUAUGAAUAUUGGAACAAAAUAUUAGACUGAAAAGAAAGCAAUGGAAAUUGUAUCGACAGGUAGUCUGCCAGUUUUCAAACCAAACGUGUCGUAUGUAGAUGCCUCCGUUAUGAAUGUAAGCCUGCAUGUGAAAGGGCAAAUAUUGAUAAAAUGUUACUUUACCUGCGGUGGGUUGGCACCCUGCCCAGGAUUGGUUCCCUGCCUUGUGCCCUGUGUUGGCUGGGAUUGGCUCCAGCAGACCCCCGUGACCCUGUGUUCGGAUUCAGCGGGUUGGAAACUGGAUGGAUGGAUGGAUGUUACUUUACAUUGAACAAUGGCUAAAAGAGAAAUUGUAGCACAAAGUGUGUUUGGGACAGGGUGGGAUUUUGGCUGGGUGGGUGAGGAUUAUUUCCUAAUAUUUCAACUGUGAGGUCAGGAGGAGUUCCUGUGUGCUGCUUGUGACUUGUCAGAGCACUGAGCUAAAUGUCCCGUUUUGUUUCUUCCUUCUGAGUGGAGUGUGUGUACAUUUAGACACAGAGAGUGGUUGCACACAGAGUUGUUGUUGUGACCUUUUGUACUGCCGAGACUGAAAAUAUUUUGUGUUAUGCUGUGGGGAACCGGAUUUCAAUUUUUUUAUUUAUUUUUUUUUUGUAACACACAUUUAUCGGUGAACUUGGUCAACAAAACCUGAGCAUGAUCUGGAGCUUUUUUUACAGCAUGUGGAGGUGUUUUGGUCCUGUGAACAACUUACGCUUCUCCUGAGUUGCUGGUGAUUUAAGAGGAGGGUCUGCGUGACCGUAUCAGGGCAGUGAAAGCAAUAAAAGCCCACAGACACUGAAGUGAAGCGUGCGUGUGUGUUGUGGAGGGCAGCAGAGCCCGCGCGGCCGUGCGCAGAGUAGCCAAAUCAAGCUGUUUGAACACCAUAGGAUACAGGCCACUGAUAAUAUUCAGUCUGAGCUUUAAUUAGCCUUUUUCAUCCAUUCACAGUUGUACAUAUGAUGUGUAAUAGAAUAUUUAUUUAAAAUGCUAUAUGUUCCUCCAUGUGCCAGUGUGUUUAUACACAUUUCCUUGUCAUUUUGCUUUGUGCUCUCGGGUAUUUGAAGGCACUCGUAUCAUGUCUGCAGUGUUGUUGAUUUCUAAGGACCAUCCAUUGUGACACUCGCCUUAUGACAUACUCGAGAAAGAUCUGAAGGGCAGCUGACCGUAGGAGUAAAAGCUUCAGAUUUGCUUCUAGUUUGUGCCAUUUAUCAAUAAAAGAAUUAAAGGAAAAAAAAUGCUCUGGUUGUGAUCCACCACUGACACACUUGUACUGUUCCUUUUUAUUAAAGUUGUCGGUUUCUUGUAUAUCCUGUUCAGGUCAUUGUUCUCGUUUGCCUAAAAGCAGAGGUGCACUGCGUUUCGUAUGGAAAUCAGUGUGAAAGCAAGUGGGCUCAGAGCAUCAGUGUCUUUUUUUUUGUGUGUUUUCUUUUGUUUUGGGUUUUUUUUUUGUUUUUUUUUUCUGUUUUUCAUUUGUUUUGUAAAAUGUCCUGUGUAUUCUGAAUGCUGAAACCACAGCUGGAAACUGUGAUGUAAGAGAAUAAUAAAACCUUUAUUAAAAAAAAAAAAA